UUACUUAAAUAAUUGGCGCUUUUCCGCAGUUUGGAAGAAAACAAAGGAGAAGGUGUAAGAAAAUUCAAGCGUCUUCAAACGCUUGAACACAAAAUAAAAAAAAAGACCCGUUUGUGUUAAACUUACGCUAAUAACCUUAGAUAGAUAAAAAUCCUUUCAAUAAGGAAUUUCUUAUAACACGAAACAGGAUGACGACGGAGACAACUCCUCACCAGCAGCACCAACAACAACAAAUUCGUAUAGCACUCUCGGAAAUUCCAAGUCGCUUGGAAGCGCUGCGUUUCGUAAGUGGAGGUGCUACAACGCCGACAGCUACACCAAAUCGCUACAGCCCCAAUGAACCAACACCAGCAACACUUUUUAAUACACCGCAUCUUCUAGACAAUACUACAAAUGUAGCACUUUCUCAGGAUAAUAUCUUAUCACCAAUGCCAUCACCGGAUGAAAUGAUAAUUCGUCAACGUGGCCGGCGUCGCUUUAACAACGGCUUAUCGCCAGAUGUCGGCAAUACGCCACUACGUAUGCCUUUCCAACGUACACCAACCAAAGUACCAUUAAGUACCAGCAUGAUAUUGCGCAGUUCACCGCGUAAGCGUCUCACAAUGGGUAGUACACCACCGGCGCCUGAACCACCAGUAAUGCCUUCACCAACAAAAGCCAAACAACAAUUAUGGCCAACAGGAACACCAAUGGCGAAAAAAUUACGUCUUGGCGGUGAAGAUGGUAACAGCGGUAAACCAAUUGCACAAAUGAAUGAAGAAAUGCCUUUACCAUUGCUUUUGCAAGGAAUGUCGCAACAACAACUUAUUAAUCUGAUCGUCGGAGAAUUAGUUGCGGGUGACGCUAAAACCGAGGAGAGUUUUCGUUCCCGUCUGCCUAUGCCAGAUAUAAAUCCGUUAGAGGAGGAGUUGUUACAUGCCAAACGACAAAUAUUUCGCUCACUGCCAACAUCACGCCUUUGUAAGAAAACCGAUAGUAGCGCUUAUUCACGUGCGUCACUACAUCUCAGUGAAUUCAAGCGUUUGCUUAGCGCACACACCAAACAACUAUAUGAUUCGGGGAAUUGGGACGCAUUGCUGGACUAUGUGACCAUGGCUUGGCCGAUUGUACGCGCUACUCCACACUGGGAUAGCGCCACACAUAAUGUAAUCCGUCGUCAAUGUUUCAAACUUCUGGCAUGCCAUUGUAUUGCAUCUUUGAAGAACGGUGGACAACGUUUGGGCAUGGCGCGUCUGCACGAAACCGAACGAAAUUUGCGCGAAUGGACGCGAGACUACGAAGACGUUCAGUCGUGUCUGAGCGCGUUGAAUAAAGCUAUAGCAAAAGGACGCGCAACGCUAUAGUAUAUUCCUAAUAGUUUUACAAUUUUUAGUUGUAUAAUUUCUUUUUAACGAAAGACUUGCAUGAUUUUAAAUAAUUUCUGUUUAGUA